UACCAUUGUAUCUUGAGUACCUUUUGUGAUGGCGAUUGACGUCGGCCCUAGCGUUGACUAUCCGCACUCGGUGGGCGUUCACAGUGGGCACAAGUGAACCUCUAAACAGUUAUAUCGCAUUACUCCGUUUUAUUAACAUCAUGGUACCGGUAGCAUCUAACCGAUUCAGUAGUCAACGGGUAGCAUUAUUGUCUUGUGGCAGUAGGAGGAAGACUGUUGUGGCACUUGGCCGACAUCGCGAUUUUGCAACCGAGUCAAUAGAACAUGCUGUUCAGGCUCUCAAUAAGUAUCUAGUUGAUCAUCAGCAAAAGCGUGAGCGCCAGCGUCGCUCGCGCCACGAUGAGGCGACCAGUAAUGGCGCGGCAGAAGUCGACGCCCUGCCUGUUGGUAGACCCAUUACAUUUAAGGCAUCGGCCAAAGCAGAGAAACUUGUAAAGGAACCCCCUGGCGCUGGCCCCACCAUGCGCGGCCUCUCAGCCUACCUGGCGCUUCCCCUGGACCAGUAUUCCCUGCUGGAUCCAGGCUGGAUCUCGCGCUCCCCGGCCGCCCCUGACGAGUUCGUGCUGCGUGUGCCGCUGUUUGAGCUUGUGGGGCUGGACAUGCAGCCGCAGCUGAGCGUCAAGGUAUCCCUGGACCCCCGUACGAGUCAGGUCCACUUCCUAGCGGACAAGUUCAAGGUGGGUGACCCACGGUUCGAUGAGGACUUCAAGCUGCACAUGCGGGCCAGUCUGCGGAACAAGCCCGUGCCCACACUGCGACCUCUAAGGUCGAUUCGGCGCAUGUGGUCCAAAGCGAGUGGCAGGGAGGAGGCAGCAGCAUCAGCCGCUGCUACUACUGCUGCUGCUGCUAACGGCGGCAGCAACCCAGGGGAGCAGCAGGCAACUCCCGGCACUGUCGUAGUGGUGCCUCCGUCCUCAUUAUCACCUACAGUACCCUCAUCAUCAGCGUCAGGGCCGCCGUCACCGUCCCAGCGCUCAAAUGAGCUGCAAUACAGUAGUCCCAACGGCUCUGGAACCACGUCCGGAAACCUAGUUCAGCGUAACGCGGAGGUCGUUAUCGCGGAAGUUGUGGAUGGCACGGAUGGUGCGGUGAUGGCGCGCUUUGGGGAUGGCAACGGUGCAGAGGUGGAAGGAGCACAGCGGUUAGCGGGAACAGCGUCGCUGACAUCUUCCUCGUCUGAUACGGCAAGCUUCGGAGCUAAUACCGCGCAAACCGGGUUUAGCAGUAGCAAUGCUGACGCCAACGGCUUCAGCUGUAGCAGCAGAAAGAACAACAGCGGGAACGGGAACGAGGAUGGGAACCACGGCCGCUUUGUUGUCGACUCUAAUGGCUAUUACGGCUCGUACGGCAGCAGCAGCAGUAGCGGCGGUGGGAUAGGGCCCAGGGGCACAGUCGCCAUUCGGUCGGGGCUGCCAAACGGACGUGAGGGGAGCCUAGCAGCGGACAGGGCAGCAGUGGCAGCCUCAGCGGCCCAUGGGUCAGUUCCGACCGCCUCAGCCUCACCGCGGGUCGCCGUAGAGCAGUUGCCAUUCAUAGAGGAGUCGGUGUUGUACGUUCCCGCCAGCCAAUGGGGGAGAUCUGAGUGCGGUGACUCGGCAGGGACGACGUCGGCGACAGCGGGCAGCUCCGGCGCUUCCCACGUAGUGGCGGCGGCAGCGGCGUCUAGGAACAGCGGUGGCGGCCUCCCUUCCUCCUCUGCUUCCGCUGCCGCAACCGUUACUGCGCCCUCUGCGUCCUGUAGCAGUUCAGCGUCGGGGUCUUUCAGCUACGAGCCACAGUGCAACAACAAUGGCGCCGAUGUGACGACUUUCUCGGACCCGCCUGGGAUGCAUGCUUCCUUUGCAGCGCAUUCCCCUACCUCCACCUCCUCGGCUUAUUACAACGGCCAGCCGCAACAACAACUAGGCGAGGCUAACGCCCAGAUGGACGUCUCUUCUAGCAACACCAGCAGCGGUGCCAGCAACACCAGCAGUAGCAGUAGCAGCAACAACAGCAGUAGCAGUAAUGGCGUGGGCAGUAGCACCACCACUAGCAUCACUAGCAGCAGCAACAGCAGUAACAGCGAUGAGGGCGCGACAGCGCUACUGGUGGGCAGUGUCGAUCUGUCGGUCACGGUGACGGUACCGUCGGCGCUUACAGCGGUACCUCGGCCUCUGCUUGGGAUGACUGGGAGCCUGAUUGUGCGCUACGCCAUCUCCUCCCUGCUGCCGUCCUUCCUGGACCUCCUAGUGGCUGAUUACGGCAGGUGGUCGUCGGGUCAGACCGUGGCAGCGCGCGCGGCUCCUGCGGGGGACCUAGCGGCAGCUGCGGCAGCAAACGCGGCGGCCAACGGGGGGACCGUACAAGGGAAGGCUCAACAAGCGGCUGCAGGAAAGGAUGCGAGGUAGUGUGUUAGGGCUAGUCAAUCGAUCAGGGAUAUCGGUUCAGGUCAUUCGGUCAUUUAUUCAGGGCUAUAGCCUGGUUAAAAAGUUACAUGGGAGUCUUUAGCAUGGGGCACAUAGGUGAUGGAGGCCGUGGAGACUACCGUACCCGUUAAUAGGGCAGGUUUGGAUUCCGGUAGGAGAGUAGUACUCAAGAGCUGGUGUUGUAGACGUUAGACGGAGGAGGUUUGAGUGGUGUAGGGUGACAGGUGAAGCGGAGCGCCAUGGCUUCACAUGAGUCUUUCUGAUCGCGGUUGCUCGGGCGGCGAUGUGUGCAAAGUGUUUCCGCUCCCGGGAUACUUCACGGAACAUCUGUCAUGUUCGAAACGUAAACGUCUUGCUGUGGUUGCGGUGCGACAUGAUGGGUACUGGUAUGCCUGACGGCUGAAACGAAGCAAGACAGAAGGGCGGGUGUGUGUUUCUCCACUCCUACUUCAGCUGCAGCAGGGGGCAGCAGAGAGCAAUAAAAGGUGCUGCUGGCUGGGCCUUGCGACAAGGAAGGCGGGGGCGUUCCGGCAUACGCAUAUGCCGUCCAUGGCUGCGGGUGGCUGCUGCGUUGGGGUUGCGUCUUGUAAAAUUGCUCGAGUGA